ACCACUUUUGCUCUAUGUAAUAAACAGGAAAACAAGAACAGUUCUCUGAUUACACGAAAACUCUCCGAACUUUUUUUGACCUAUUUCUUUCCUUUAUUUUCUAAAUAAAAUGGCGCGUUACUUCAAGGAACAAGACAUUGAUGAAUUUCGUGAAUGUUUCUACCUAUUCGCUAGAUCUGGCCAGAUCACGUCUCUGGACGAGCUGACGGUGGUGAUGCGGUCCCUCGGCAUGAGCCCUACGAUUCAGGAGUUGACCGGUUACCUAAAGGGCAAGGGAGGCAAGAUGUCCUUUGCUGACUUCCUGGAAGUCAUGCACAUUCAUUCCAGAGCUGAAAACCUGCCGAGUGAGGUAGUGAACGCCUUUAAAGCCGGCGACGGCGACAAGAAGGGCGUGAUCCCCGCGCGGCAACUCCGCAACUUGCUGCAGAACUGGGGCGAAGGCCUGUCGGCUAGAGAGGUGGACAACAUCUUCCGUGAAGCAAACGUGUCUAACAACGGUACGGUCAGAUACGAGGAUUUCGUCAAGAUCUCCUGCGCGCCGGUCCCUGAUUACUAUUAAUUAAAUAAUGCUAAUUAUCUUAAAAAUCCGCGCUUCUUAAUCUGUUAUAAAAUAUGCACUUUAUUUUACCACUAAAGGUAGUUGACACCAGAAAUAUCGUUUUCCAACACUUAUUUGAGACGCGCCCCCUUUUUUUUUCUUGGCUUUCGCGGUUUGCGUUUAGCCACAACGGUGACGCGCCGACGGUGAUUUUCGACCAUACAAAAAAUUUCGCGCUUCCACGAUUUAUUGGUCGUAUCGAGCAGUCUGGAAUGCAUUCUCUCAGCGGUCGCAGGUUUUUAAUACUUAAGUACACAGAUGGCCCGCGCCCCCCUUUAAAGGUCUUUGCGCCUCCCCUGUUGGGCGCGGCCCCCACUUUGGGAACCAAUGCACUAUAUUGGCGCCGACUAAUGAGGGCAAAAAAUAGCCCUCACAUGCUUUAGAAAAGCUCCUGUGUAGCCAGGAUCUACAGCUUGACUGCUAAUAAAAAUCCAACCAGAUUUAAAUUGGUUAAGUGUUAAUUUUAUUAAUUUUGAAUUUUGUACUAAACACAACACAUUAAAGUUAAAACCCAUCACAUUGUGUGGCAUCUACUGGGGUUUGUAUUUUAUGAGGCUUUCGUUGUAAAAACGUCUUUAUAAUCAUGACAAUAGAGAAUAUUAUUAUGCUUCUACUUCUUACUAUGGUAACUAUACCAUUAAAGCUACUGAGACAUUGGUGUAAAACUCCAUCAUUUUGAACAGACUUUUAAAAAGAUUGGUAUUUUUUACUGAGUUUAUAUAAAAACAUUCCAGAGUUUAUUGUAAAAGACUGAUUUGAUAAACAUUUUAUAACGCUAAUUUCCAGGUCCAAAUGCUUAAUAAGAUAAUUCUAAAAACUUGUAUGUAAAAAUUAUAUUAUUCUAUGCUAUUGUAAAAAUUAUUAAUGAAAUUAAUAAUAUUGUACCGUCCUAAAAUUCUCCUAAAUUAUUAUCUGUAUAUGGUGAAAGGUAUUGAAAUAAAAGUAUUUUAUUUAUUUUUCAAA